UUACAUGUAUUUCUGGAGCUGCACCCUCGUGCAUCAACAGGGUUGCCAGUGACAACAGCUGCUCUGAAUUCCAUCAUAACUAUCCGGAGAGGCGCUGCCAUGUGAAUAACGUCCUCGCGGUUGAGUCUCGCGCUAAACCCCCGCCAUGGGUUGUCUGCAGAGCAUCACCUGUAAGUCGCGCAUUAAACGUGAGAACAUCGUAGUUUAUGACAUGUCCGCCUCCAUUGACAAUUUCCCGACCAUCAUCGAAGAAAACUCCCCCAUAGUUCUGCGCUACAAGACGCCCUACUUCAAAGCCUCCGCGCGGGUAGUGAUGCCGCCCAUCCCCCGGCACGAGACAUGGGUGGUGGGCUGGAUCCAGGCGUGCACGCAGAUGGAGUUUUACAACACCUACGGCGAUAUUGGAAUGUCGAGCUGGGAGCUGCCAGAGCUGCGGGGAGGGCUGGUGCAGGCCAUCAGCGACUCUGACGGGGUGAGCUACCCCUGGUACGGCAACACCACGGAGACGGUCACCCUGGCCGGGCCCACCACCAAGCCCUCCCACCUCUCUGUCAGCAUGAACGACAACUUCUACCCCAGCGUCACCUGGGCGGUGCCGGUCAGCGACAGCAACCUGCCCAUGCUCACCUCCAUCAGCAGAGACCAGAGCUUCAGCACCUGGCUGGUCGCUCUCAACACCUCCUCCAGGGAGAAGGUCCUGCUGCAGACAGUGCGCUGGAGGAUGAAGGUGGACAUCCAGGUGGACCCUGGCCGGCCCCUGGGCUCGAGGGCUCGGCUGGCGGGGUGCUCGCUGCAAGAGCAGCCUCUGGUGCUGACCCGCAUGGAGCACAUCCCCCCCAACGCCCUGGGGAGACCCAAUGCCAACGAUGCCCAGGUGCUUAUGUGGAGGCCCCGCAGGGGGCAGCCCCUGGUGGUGAUACCCCCCAAGUAGGGGGGGGGGG